UGAUAUGAUUAACAAAAAAAAUGUUGAUAUGAAUAACAUCGUGUAUUGAUUCAUUUGCAAAUUUUUUAAGCCAAAGUUAACAACAACAUGAAAGCUAAAAACCUUUUUGAGAGUGUGAGGUGGGUCUUACAUAGUUUCUUUAAUCAUGCUUACCACAAUAUUCAAAACCCAUUUCUCAAAUACAUCAAAUAUUUAUUCUAAAAAAGAAAAAACAAAACUUGUUGCUACUAAUGAAGCUUUUUUUCCCUUUCCUUUUCUUUGUUCUUCUGUUCAAUUAUUUUGCAUUUUCUGAAUCUGAUGUUGGUGUUGGAUACAAAUUUAUGGUUGUAGUUCCUAUGAAGUAUGAUGUUGGUUUCAUAGGAAGUGGUUUUUUUAUGGAGACUAAUGAGACAGAACCAAAUUUCAGAGUUGCAUUGAGCAUUGAAGGUGUUAAUGGGAAAUAUUCAUGCUCAUUGCGAGUUUUUGUUGGUGAUGUUAAGGUUUGGGAUUCUGGUCAUUACUCCAAGUUUUAUGUUACUGAGAAAUGCUUGGUAGAGUUUACUAUGGAUGGUGAUUUAAGGCUUAAAGGUCCUAAUGAAAAAGUUGGAUGGAAAACUGGGACUUCAGAACAAGGUGUGAAGAGAUUACAAAUCCUGAAGACAGGCAACCUUGUGCUUUUAGAUGAACUCAACAAUAUAAAAUGGCAAAGUUUCAACUUUCCAACUGAUGUAAUGCUCAGAAGCCAGCAACUCGACAUCGCAACUCGAUUGACAUCGUCGCGAACCAACUCAAGCUUGUUCUACUCUUUUGAAAUUGAAAACAAUAAGGUUGCUCUAUAUGUGAACUCUGGUAAGUUGAAAUAUUCUUAUUGGGAAUUUCAACCUUCUAUGAAUAGAAGUAUUACAUAUAUUAAGCUAAGUUCAAAAGGGUUGUUAUUUUUUGAUGUCAAGUACAAGAAAAUAGCACAAAUUCCAUCUCAAAGUAUUCAUCCAAUAAAGUUUUUAGCACUGAAAAAUGAAACAGGAAAUUUUGGACUUUAUUACUACUCAUCUGAGAAAUCAAAGUUUGAGGCUUCAUUUCAAGCACUUAACAGAACAUGUGAUCUUCCAAUUUCUUGUAAACCUUAUGGUAUAUGUACAUUUUCCAAUACAUGUUCAUGCAUUCAGCUUUUUACAAAUGAUGACAGAAAGGGUAGUAGUUCUGAUUGUAAUGAAGGAUUUUCUGGAGGGUUUUGUGGCGGUAUAGAAGCAGAAAUGUUGGAAAUUGAUAAUGUAAAUAGUGUGCUCAAAGGUGUUACUGAAAUCAUCAAUGUUAGCCGUGGAACGUGCUCUGAUUUAUGCUUACAGGACUGUAAAUGUGCUGCUGCUUUGUAUAUUAGGAACGCGAGCGCGGCCGCGGCCGAAUGUUAUCUUUAUAGACUAGUCCUUGGUCUCAAACAGGUAGAUGAAGGAACAGGAUUUAGUUAUAUGGUUAAAGUUCCAAAGGGAAGUGGUAGAUAUGAUGAGAAGCAUAAUGUGAAAAGAUGGAUAUUUGUAGUAGUAGGAGUUUUUGAUGGUUUUAUUAUUUUGAUUCUUGUUGGAGGUUUUGGUUAUUGGUUGAUCAAAAGGAGAAGUCAUAGCUUGAAUUCAUGAUCAAGAACUUCAUGAGGAAGUUAAGUUCAGGUUUAACUUUUGAAUUCAUUUGUGGAAAAAUAAAGAAAGAAAAAAGAUAUAGAAAUGAUUUAUUUUGACAUGUAUACAUAAUUUUGGUUGAGAUUGACAUUCAUAGAUCAUCCAACUAAUUGAAAAUGCUGCUUAUUUGUAGCUUAUACAAAGCUUUAUCUAUAAGUGAUGAAAACAGAAAUGUGAACUUUUUUAGAGUAA